CAGCGGCGGCUGCUGUUCCUGGAUUGGGACAGCAGGACUGGAGCCGUGGGGGCAGCCAUGGCACGGGCACAGUGGCUGGACGAGCUGGCAGCACUGACGGCGCAGAACCUGCCCUGCCUGGAGGUGUCCGAGACCUACCGGGUGCUGGGGCUGCUGGGCCAGGGCGCCUUCGGCCACGUGGUGCUGGCUCUGCAUCAGCAGCGGGGGACUCCACUGGCCCUGAAGUUCGUGGCCAAGCGGGCAGGGGGGCUUGAGGCCUUCCUCUCGGAGUACUGCAUCGCCCUGAGCCUGGCGGCCCACCCCUGUGUGGCGGGUGCCCUGGGCAUCGCCUUCCAGACUCCCCGGCACUACGUCUUCGCCCAGGAGUUCGCCCUUGCCCGAGACCUCUUCUCCAUCCUCCAGCCUGAGGUGGGGGUGCCCGAGCUGCGAGUACGGCGCUGCGCCCUGCAGCUGGCCAGCGCCCUGGACUUCAUGGGGGCCAAAGGGCUGGUGCAUGGCGACGUCAAGCCCGACAACGUGCUGCUGCUGGACCCCGAGUGCUGGCGGGUGAAGCUGAGCGACUUUGGGCAGAGCCGGCCGCAGGGCCGCCCUGUGGAGCGCCCACCAGCCCUGCUGCCCUACACAGCGCCCGAGCUCUGCCGCCUGCCGCCGAGCCGCCAGCUGCCUGCCCAGCCCAGCCUCGACGCCUGGGCACUGGGUGUCCUCCUCUUCGUGGCCCUCACCGGCUACUUCCCCUGGGCCACAGCCACUGACCGCCACUACAAGGCUUUUGAGCGGUGGCUGCGGGACCCAGGAGGGCGGUGGCCCUGCCCGCCCCGUUGGCAACGCUUCAGCCCACCUGCCUGCAGCCUGCUGCGGGGGCUGCUGGCCCCCGAGCCAGCCCACCGCAGCCUCCCGCGUGCUGUGCUGCCCAUUGUGCGGCAGUCCUGGCUGCAGCCAGCCCCCGUGGCUGCCCCAAAGGCCACCCUGGUGGCCCCAGGGGCAGCCCAGACAAGGGCCCCAGAGAGGGUUCCAGCGGUGGCCCCAGACAUCACCUUGGUGGCACCAGAGCAGGUCUCAGCAGUGGCCCCAACAGAGUCAAGCCUCCUGGAUAAGGCGGGUGGGGGGCUCUGAGCUUCACCCCAGCUCCAGUGUACCAGGGUAGUGGAGGAGAGGGUGUGGGGUGGGCAGAGGGUUUGUGAAGGAGUGUGUGUGUGUGCAAGGGUCUGUGUAGGAGGAAUGUGUGAAGUGUGUGAAGAGGUGUAGGUUUGUUUGUGGUGUGCGUGUGUAUACAAGGGUGAGCAGGCAGGGUUGUGUGUGGCAUUAUGCACGUGAAGAAUAAGAAGGUGAUCAAGAGUAGUCAGCAUGGAUUCACCACGGGGAAAUCAGGUUUAAGCAACCUGAUGGCCUUCUACAAUGGGAUGACUGGCUGGGUAGAUGAGGGGAGAGCAGUGGACCUUGUGUACCUUGACUUCAGCAAGGCUUUUGCCACUGUCUCCCAUAACAUCCUCCUAGAUAAGCUCAGAAAGUACAGGAUAGAUGAGCAGACAGUGAAGUGGAUUGAGAACUAGCUGAAAGGCAGAAAGAGUUGGGCUCAGUAGCAAGGAGUCUAGCUGGAGGCCUGUAGCUAGUGGCAUCCCCCAGGGCUCAGUUCUGGGUCCCAUCCUGUUCAACUCAUUCAUCAGUGACCUGGAUGAAGGGACAGAGUGCCUCCUCAGCAAGUUUGCUGAUGAUACCAAGCUGGGAGGAGUGGCUGAUACACCUGAGGGCUGUGCUGCCAUUCAGAGAGACCCAGACAGGCUGGGGAGUUUGGCGGAAGGGAACCUCAUGAAGUUCAACAAAGGCAAGUGCAGAGUCCUGCAGCUAGGCAGGAACAACCCCAUGCUCCAGUACAGGCUGGGGGGCUGCUGGAAAGCAGCUCUGCAGAGAAGGACCUGAGAGUGCUGGUGGAUGACAAGUUGACCGUGAGCCAGCAAUGUGCCCUUGUAUGUAAGAAGGACAGUGGUAUCCUGGGGUGCAUUAGGAAGAAUGUUGCCAGCAGGUCGAGGGAGGUGAUCCUCCCCUCUCCUCAGCCCUGGUGAGGCCACAUCUCAAGUACUGCAUCCAAUUUUAGGCUUCCCAGUACGAGAGAGACACGGAACUACCAGAGAGAGUUCAGCAUAGGGCUACUAAGAGGAUUAAGGGACUGGAGCUGCUCUCCCAUGAGGAAAGUCUGAGAGCACUGCAGCUGUUCAGCCUGGAGAAAACUGAGGGAGGAUCUCACCAUUGUGUCUAAAUAUCUUAAGGGAGGGUGUAAAGAGGACAGGGCCAGUGGUGCCCAGUGAUGGGACAAGAGGAAAUUCUGUUUUAGUGUAAGAAGAAAGGUGACUGAGCUGGCAGAGUUGCCCAAAGAGGUUGCGGAGUUUCCUUCUUUGGAAAUAUUUAGAAACCCUCUGGAAACAAUCCUAGGUAAUACACUCUAGGGGACCCUGCUUGAGCAGAGGGGGUUGGACAAGAUGAUCUCCAGAGGUCUCUUCCAGCCUCAGCUGUUCUAUGAUUCUGUGAUACCCGCAAUACAGGUGUGAUGCUCUU